UUAUAAUAAAAAUGAAUAAUUUCAAAAUGUUGCUAUUCUUUCUAUUUUGGUGCUUAAAACAUGCAUUAGGAGAUUUUGCAAUGACAAGAGCCAACCUGGCUGCAGGGACCCAGACAGGGCUGACCCUGUCUGGAGAUUCCCAGUAUGGCACUUUUAUCAAAAAUCUUGAUGAAAAGGGGAACAAGAAUUAUAGAGAUUUGGACACUACUAAAUUUGUUGAAUUUGUUCCAAAUCCGAGUUAUGAUCCACAAUCGAGCAUUCUAGACUCGAGUUUGGAGUAUUCAACAAAGUUAUCUGUCAAUGAUGCCUUCUUUUUGGAAGGAAAGCAUUAUGAAACACAGAAAAUUUUGUACUCUGAUCUUCAAAAUGUGAGUUUCAAUGCUCUGAGGUUAACUAAUCCAGCAACUAAUUCUCAUGGGUAUGCAACUAUUACUGAAAAGCAAUCAGUUAUCUAUGGCUUUGAUACUGAAUUUACCUUUAACGUUAUGGAUCCAUAUUUGAAAUGUGACAAAUAUACUUGAGUUAAUGAUAUCGCUCAUGGGUUUUCCUUUGUAAUCCAAAAUCAAAACGUAGACAUGGAUACUCUAGGGCUAGAUAAGGAUAAUAGUCUAGGCUAUGGUGGACUAAAUGAUGCAGUUGCUAUUGAGUUCGACUUUCACAUCACUCUAGACACCACAGAUCCUUGGAAAACCCACCCUGGGCAGCCUCAUAUUUCAAUACAAUAUUCGAACCCUUUAUCACCUGACCAUCAAUACUCGCUUGGGUUUUGAUGGCUCCCUUUUUCGAUGACUAAAGGUGGUGAGCAUAAAGUUAAAAUAGAGUACAAAAGAGCAUUAGAAGAGCUGGAUGAUUUAACCUUUAUAAGUUUUACAGACUAUAAUAGUCAAACAUUUUUAGACUUCACUGGAUCAACAACUUGGUAUUCUGAGUAUAAACUAGGAAUUAUUGUUAUUUAUAUUGACAAUACGCUGAAACCAGUGCUUGAAGUACCUGUAAAUCUUGGAAAAAUUGCUUCUCAUGAUGAUCUCACUACUGCAAACCCCAGUGGGGGGCUCCAAGAUGGACUAAUGGCUGGGAAAUCUUUUGUAGGGUUAUCGAGUACCACUUCUAAUGCAACUGAUCAAGCUGCAGCAUUCCAAUUCUUUGAUUGGACCUUUACAGAGAUUAAUAAAUGUCGAAUUACUACACUCGAAUGAUUGAAAGGAAGGGAUAUUUCCAACUCUAAAGUACUGAAGAAGCUAAGACUUAAAAAUAUUGGAAAGGAGAAGCUGUAUUUCAAGUUUAUUUUCAAAAAUUACACCAAUGCUGAUUAUAUCCUCGACCAAGAGUAUUGGUCACAUUGCAUCAAUAGAAAUGGUCAUAUUGCUGAUUCUUACAUAGAUUAUUCCUAUUUCAACGGAUUCUUGGAUGGUUGCGAGGUCGAUCUUUACAUAGAUGACACUAUUCGUGAUGUAGUUAUCCAUGAUAAUCUGAAUGAAACUUACUCUAGUCUUUACACUUACUUCGAGUCGCUCGAUAAUACAGAAAUUUACAAUGAUAAUGAAAGAGUUUGAUUCAGAAAGAAUAAUGGCAGAAUAGAGAUAGGAUUUUGAGGAUGCAAUAAAUGCGUUCAGAUAUUUGACGAGUUAGAGCAAUACACACUUGGCAAUGGAAAGUACUGAUAUUAUAAGUACCUAUCUCACUCAAGGUGUUAUUGCUUUGAGGCUUCUAAGACCACCACAACAGCUGAGAAUAUAUUCUUUCAAAACCAUACUAUAUGAAAUGAGUGUGCAUAUGACAGUCACUGAUCUUGGUUCUUUCCUAGUGGGACAUGAAGUGUAGAUCCGAAUAACUAUAUAAUUGGGAAUCCAUUAUCACCGACCCAGCUCUCUCAUGGCUUCGUUGAUAAUACUCUAGAUAAUGGAAGAAUCACUGAUGGAGUUAUAAAAGGUCCAGAUUGAGACUGCCAGACUACAAGAUCUAGGUACCAAGACACCCUAGGCGCCAUAGAAAGCUAUAAGACAUUUCCAGAUUACCAAUUCUCUAAUAUCAAUACUAAACAGGAUUGAAUUGUCUGCUUAAGAGAUACAACGAAAACUGAAGCUGAUUGAGCUGCUUCUUGAGGGGUAGGAGUAGAAGUUGAUAUAUUCACUGAACCAAGUGGGUGGGGGUGCUCCCAAUGCCUCCUUAGUGGAGAGCAUUACCAACAACUUAACUCUACAGAUAAAACUAAAGUAUUGGACUGAAUAGAUUCUUCAAAAGCAGAUGGGUCUCAAAUUUAUGAUUGCCUCAGAUUGAAAACUGAUCUUGAUGAAACUACUGUCAUGAUAGGGCUUUUGACCCAUUUCCUCGCUGAAUGACCAGCAAGACCUUUAACUAUAGCUGGAGAUGCCGGAAAUAAUGGAGCUGUAUGAAUGCCUUAUUAUAAUUUCAAUGAUGAAGGAAUAGAACAAAGUACAUUAAAGAAGGAAGAGAGAAAUACAAGAGAAUUUAAAGAAUCAUUCCAAUGAAUAAAUUCACUCUGCCAGAGCUCCAGCAAAGCUUCUUGCAUAGGCACUUGUGUCUGAUACGAUACAUGUCCCACCGGAAAGACAUAUUACCCUUUGAUUGAUAAAACUUGGGAAAAUCCUGAAGAUGAUCCUAUCACAGCAGGACAAGGAAAGUAUUACUCUAAGCCAGUUGAAAUUCCUUGCUCUGGAAGAGGAGUUUGCAAAAGUGAUGGAACUUGUCAAUGUAGGAAGGGCUACCUUGCUCCAAAUUGAGAGCUCCAUUGCUCAUCAGAUGGUAGUUGAUAAUAGAAAAUUCUACAA